AUGAAGCGUAAACCCUCCCCCGGAAUGCAUCCAACCACUGGCACUGGCACUGGCACUGGCGCCACCAGAAAACAGCCCCGACAAGACCCUGUCUCAUGCGAAUCAUGUCGCAAAAAGAAACUCAAAUGCGAUCGAAACCAGCCAUGCAGUAGUUGUUCUGCCCGGAAACUCAUCUGUAGCUAUGGAAGCUAUGGCCAUGGAGCCUCCAGCCCCGGAGUGAAACCAGACAGCCAGUCGGAGGAGAGGCCCACCCAUUCCAAUGCCAAUACCGAUGCCGAUCCCAGAGCUAUCUUUCCGCUGGCAUCCUCAUCCGUACAAGGACAGCCCCAAGAAGGUCGACCACACUCAAGACAUGACCGGAAUGAGCCCCUCGUCACGGCCGACUGGCUGGAGACUAUUGUCAUGGCGCAUCGAGUCCCUUCCGCCGCCCCAAUCCCCAUACGAGGUGGAUUGACCCAUCACCAACGACCUGAAUUUCCCCAGCCAUGUCCAAGCACCAUAUCCGGCAACCUUCUCACUCUCGUCCGCGGCGGUCGCAUCGCUUCAAAUGAAAACCCCGCCAACAUCCAUCUUCCCGCCUUGUUGCCCUCCGAGACCGAAGCUCUGGGCCUGUUGGCAUUUUAUUUCAACCACCUCGACUACCAGUAUCAUUUGAUAGUCGCUAGUCGCACGAAGCGAGACAUCCAUGCCAUCUAUGAAAGUGCAGCUAGAAAUGAACCGGUCAAUUUGAACCAUCUUGCUUUACUGUUUAGUAUCAUCGCCUCCGCCCUCUUCUACCAGCUUCUCCCCACCGAAUCCGCAGAGUUUGCCGAGAUAUGUAGUUCAGAGAUCGCAUUCCUCGCCGGUGCCGCUCUGAUCCAGGCUAAUUACAUCGCAUAUCCCACCAUCGAGGGCCUCCAGGCGACCAUGAUAAUCGCUCAUCAUCUCUCCAGUAAUACCCUCAGCCCGUCUGUGAGCUCCUUCUUCGUCCAUGGCGCGCUGGUUAGUCAAGCCAAAGCCCUGGGACUCCACGCGAUGGACAACGCAUCGCAUUUAGAGGAACGAAAGCGAAACGGCUACGAUAGAACGGAAGUCGAGUUAAAGCGAAGGCUAUGGUGGGACCUGGCCUCGUACGACUGGUUAAUCGGAUUCCUCAGCGGCCCGCAACAAUGGACAUACACAAUCCACCCCAACAACAUGCACGUUCGCAGACCACUGAACAUCGAAGACGAAGACCUCGACUCCAACGAAACAGGACACCCACUAUCAACCCCAACAUGCAUGUCAUACACCCACUCCCGCCUACGCCUAGCGGAAGUAUGCCGCGAAAUCGUCGAAAAAGCCGGACCCGAACAUCUCGACGGAGUAGAAGUCGCCUACGAAAAGAUCCUCGAACUAGACAGGAAGCUACACGACGCGCACGCCGAACUCCCCGCCUACUUCCGCUACGAUCAGACCGCGCGCCGGGAAUACAGCGAUCUCUACCGCGAUCGACCGGCAAUCGCCUGGCAACGCGCCUUCAUCCAGCAAGGCUUUCACUCCCGUCUUUGCCGUCUGCACCGUCAGUAUUUUGUUCGCGGGGCCAGAGAUCCGCGAUACUCGUACUCGCACGUCGUUUCCUUACAGUCUGCGCGGAAGGUGUUGGAGGUAAAGCGGAUAAUGGACGAAGAAGAACCAUUCUUCUCGCCGAAUAGCUCUUUCUUCUGGGCGGUUAUGCAUCACGUCUUCAUGGCGGCGGUCAUACUCCUCAUCGACGUCUGUUUCAACUGGGACGAUAUCCUCGCCGAAAAGAGGAAGGAAGAGGUACUGAGUGCAUGCCGGAUGCUCAGCCGCGCACAGCAGUCGUCAUCCGUCGCGCGAGAAGGCAUCAAUGCCAUGAUGGGUAUUCUCCGAAAACACUGGAAACAGGAAAAGCGACUCGCUGCACAGACUGAGUUGUCGGGGAGUGGGUCCGAUGGAGCAUGCUCCUUCAACACGCAGCCCCAGCCCCAGCCCCAGCCCCAGUUCCAGUCCCAAGUCAUGAUGCCGACGUCGACCAUGCAUGGAGUUGGAGCCAGGGCCAGCUACCUCUCCCCAUCCCAGCCCUUCCCCCUUCCUACGCAGAAUUACGAGGCAGUGAACCCAGCUGCCUACAUUCCACUGGAGGACUUGUGGACGGAGAUGCUGGAUGGAAGUGCCCAGGCUGGCCUAGAUACACCCGAGUGGAUCGAGAUGCUAGCAGAGCUGAAUAAUACAACAGGGCCCUGCGAGUGA